AUGAAUAUAAUUUCUAACAAAACCUACACAGAUGUGAAAGUUGAAGAAUAUGAGCAGAAUGGAUGGAAUUUCAUCUUCACAAAAGCUGGUAUGUAUAACACUUCUGAUCUGGAUAUGCUUCAAGAUGCAUUGACUCUACAAGGUAUACCAGAUAUUACCAAUGGGAAUAAUUGUGCUUUAAUCUAUAAUAAAUAAUUCAAUUUUGGUUUCUUUGUUAAUCCCAAAGAUUCACUCUAUCUAUGCAACUAUUAACAAAGAUAGCACAAUUACUUGGACAUCAAGAGUCAAUUCAGAACCAACAAAAUCAAUUACAUAUCUAUCAUACCCGAAUAGACCCAACUCAAACAUUCAAAUGCUUGGAAAUAGAAAUAAAAUGAAGAGAUCAAAAUUUUAAAUAAAAUAUCUGAUACUUUCUAUUGUUCUCCUUACAAAGGUACUCUAGUAGACGGAGAUCAAAUUAAAUAUCAAUUCCAAAGAUUCAAAACCAUUGAAGGAGUGAAAGGAAAAUCUAUUUUUGAAAACCAAUUGAACCAAAAUGUAAUUAAAACUGAAUUAGAUUACCUUACUCAUAUUUUUUAAAAUAAAUCUUUAUAAUUUUAUUGUGAACAUACCGAAGAGGAAAUACCUUUGAACAAUUUGACUUAAGAAAAUCCCAUCAAAUGGGCAUCCUUCAUUACCCUAUAUGAGGAUGAAUUAGGAGAUAAUGGAUUCGUCACUUGUGAAUUCAGAUUCAGAGUUAUGGGAGAUUGCUUUUUCGGCUUGAUCAGGACCUACCUAAGAGUAGACGAUGUUCUAAUAAGAAUUCUUGAUACUCGCAUCUAUCAUCAAUUUGAGUGGGAUUACAUUCUGAGAGACUUUACGCAUAGAGAAGCAACUUGGGACAACAUUUAGAAGAGUGGCUUUUGUUUCUCUCCUUAGUGGUCGACGGAUUAGAAUCAAUCAUUUCUUAUCUAGAAUUCUGUCCCUGUCUAGUUGCACAUUAAUGACAAAAUUUUUUUUAAGGCUGGAUGA